AUGUACCCAUGUACCUACGGUACUAAUCUUGCCUACCUUACCAGUGGCAGUACCUGGAUAUCUCUCUCUAGUGCAUUGUGUUUUUUUUCGCUUUCCUUCCCAAGCCUCAUCUCUCCUGCUCGCCACAUCGCGCCUAAAUUGCACUCCGCCGCAAUCUCCCUGCCGCUUCCUUCCUCCACCACCCACCAACACACGGCCUAA